AUCCCGGCGGGCGGGCGCUGCUGGCUGCCGCGGACAUGUCGGUGCUACGGCCCUUCGACAAGCUCCCGGCCCUCAACACCGCCGUCCUCCUGCUGGUGGGUUCGGACGAAGGCCUCCAGCGGAAGCUGGCGGAGGCGAUGCUCCGAGAGAAGAAGAGCUUCAAGAUAAGCAUUCACCUUUCUACAUCCCUCCCCUUACCUGCAGAGAGGGAUCACCUUCGGCCCAGGAUAGAUCUGAUUGUGUUCAUGAUUGACAUCAAGAGCAAAUACAGCUUGAAGAAUAUUGAAGAUUCCCUAGCUUAUGUGGAUGCCAACUUCUUCCUGGGGAAAGUGUGCUUUCUUGUUACUGGGGUUGGCAGGGUGAAUUGCUGCAGUGUAGAGAUGAAUGCCAUCUGGAAACUGGGAGACACGUACUGCAGUCCUGUGCUAUUCUGUGAGCUGGAGUUGGAAGGGGUACGAAACGCCACCGCUCAGCGACUUCUCCGGAUGUUACAGAUCUGUGCUGGUCAUGUACCAGGAGUUUCUGCCCUGUUCUUUAGCACACUGAUGAAGAAAUCUGCUGAUGACUAGCUUCUCAUUGUGAGAAUUCAUCCACAUUCAUUGUGGUUUAGGUUGGUUUUUUUUUUUUUUUUCAGGCAUUCAAGCUGCUGUAGUUGAAAUCACAUUGCGAAGCUUUUUUGCCUGACUUGUUAUGACCGCUCAUCCAGAGCUGUUACUAGUUGCUAAUAUCUAAAGAAAAGCUUGAUUCCUGUUCAGUGGAUAAGGUAUAGCUGCUGGGGGGGAAGGUAGUUUGAAUUGGGGGUUCUUAUCCAUUAUUACCUCUUCAUGAUCAAGUUUGAGUUUCACCCACUUUGCCAGUGGCCAGGAGCCACGUAUUCUACUGAGAGAAUAUCAGGAGAACAGGUCAGUGUCCCAAAUGCUGGUGCCAUGGUUGAGUAUCUUAGUUUCAGUGUCCCUGAAGCACUAGAGAAGGAGCAGUAGGCUUCUGCUUCCUUUCAAUUUAAAUACGGCACCUUGGACCAAUGUGAAACAUCGCUGCCAGGUUUUGUCUCCCCACCAAGAGAAUAAUGGGGAAGGAAGGCUGUCCUGCAGCUUCCAGAUAGACUGCAAUUGGCAGUUAAUGAUCCAGCUGUGUGAGCAUCUGGCCAGUGAAGGGCUCAGUAUUUCCAUGCCUGAUACCUAACUGGGGAGGAAGGGACUAAAAACGAUAAUCUAGCACUUUAGCUUUCUCUAAUAUGUUUAAACAAAAAAGCUCCAUCUCUCAAGCCCAGGAUAACAAGCAACUCUAGUCUUUGCUUGUGAUUUGGCAGCUGUGGACUGCUCUGCUGCAAGUCAGUUCCUGCAGAUGAAGAAAUAAUUCUCCAGAGAGGUCAAACCUUUUUUGAGUCAGGAAAUGAAGAGGUGAAAAGGCUGUUAGCUGAGAGUGUAGCAGCACUUAGUGUGUUAAAGCCAUGGCAGGCAGACCACAGGAAGAGAAACAUGCAGCUGCUGGUGGAAAUCGAUCUUUGUUUCCAAAGUAAAGAGCCACAGAAUAGCUUUUUCUCUCUUGUGCUCUCAAAGAGCCAAAUCUAAGCUUAGGUGGUGUUGCUGGCCUCCAGCAAGCCUCUGCAAAUUGGGCAGUUCAGCUCCAGAGAGCUGCAGAAGUGCAUUUGUCUCUCCAGCAUCCCUAGGGCUGAGGCUCUGCACUCUGGAGCUGAUGGGAGAUGAAACACAGCAGACUGAACUACAGCAGCAUACGUAAAACACAUGUUGUGUCUUGCAAGGUGGCCAUGUGCUGUGUACAGUCCCUAAACUAAUAGGUUCUUAUCCACAGUAAUUGAUGCCUUAUUCUUACUGCAAGUCAGAUUGUGUGUUUUGGAUUUCUAAGUUAAUAAAAUGUAUAAUAUUU